CACCUUGAACAGCUCUGGGCUUUCGGGUUCCAUCCCAAAGGACAUCUUCACUCUCAGCAGCCUCGAGUCCCUGGACCUAAGUCACAACUACCUGAAUGGCUCCGUUCCUCAAUCCGUGGGUUCGGCUAUUCAAGUCACGAGCUUAGAUCUGAGUGGCAACAACUUAGAAGGCUCCAUUCCUCCCACGCUCGGCCUCCUCACCAACCUUGCCUCACUUCAUCUUGGGAACAACGCCUUGGACGGGACAUUGCCAAUGGAGCUUACCUUCCUGUCUGCCAUUUCGUACCUGAACAUGACUGGAAAUAGACUAAGAGGCCGAAUUCCAGGAGGCAUAUCCCGACUCAGUGAGCUUGCAUUCUUGGACCUCUCAGCCAAUCAGCUUGAUGGGUUGAUUCCACUAUCCAUUGGCAACCUUUCCAGCCUUGUUGAAUUGAACCUCAGCAGCAACACUUUGGCAGGCAGCAUUCCCAACCGCCUCUACGGCCUCUCUUCUCUGCGAUCCCUGUCACUUUCUGGGAACCUUCUGUCUGGAUCUUUGUCUUCAAGUGUGGCGUCCUUGGCUGCCAUGCAGGCUCUGUAUCUGGGUCAAAACAACUUCACAGGAUCCAUCCCACCCGUUCUUGGACGACUGACGAAUCUAACUCUCCUAAGCUUCGACCAAUCAGGUUUAUCGUGCCCGACAGCUGGCACCGCCGAUUGUGCGGUGAAUCAUACUGCAAGCACCGGGUUCUGCCAGGCCUGUGCUGACUUCUGCUCCCCAUGCAUCGAUAUCUCAGGCUCAAGCUCACGCUCAGGCUCAGCUGCCAACCCUCCAUCCACCAACCCCCCACCUGAGCCACCGCUGGCACCUGAAUCAAACCCCCCAUCGCCCCCCUCCUCCGCCUCCUCUUCUCUUUCCACGGGAGCCAUUGCUGGCAUUGCUGUUGCUGUUGUGCUGCUGCUUGUGGUGGUGGUGCUGCUGGUGAUGCAUGCGCGGGGCGCUCUGCCAUGCUUGCAGCACGGAGAUGGGACCAGGAGUGGGGGCGGAUUCUUCAAAGGCGGAUAUCGCCGCCGCAGCCGCAGCCGCAGCAGCCACAUCAGCGCCGAGUCAGCAGCAGCGGACACGUCACCGCAAGUGUGUCAGCGCUACUCGCUUGCUGACAUGGCGCGCGCCACUGCCAACUGGUCGGAUCGCAAUCUCAUUGGCAGCGGUGGCUUUGGUGACGUGUACCGGGGCGUGUGCCCGAGUGAUCCGAAUGUUGUGUGGGCCGUGAAGCGAGCUCGAGUGCUGACAAAGGACUUCCAAAGGGAGGUGAACGCUAUGGCAUCGAAGCACCACCCCAACCUGGUGAGGCUGCUGGGGUUCUGCAUCGAUUUCAACGCGGACACGGAGGAGAUGGAGCAGGUGGUGGUGUAUGAGUUCAUGGAGAACGGCGAUCUCGACCGUUGGAUCGGAGACGAGGCUCCGAAGCCGCUCUCCCUGCUCGAGCGUGUGGACAUCCUCAUCGGUGCGGCCCAUGGCUUGGAGCAUCUGCAUUUGAGGCGCCUCAAAAGUCUUCACCACUAUCUGCUCCCUACUUUCACCUCCCUCCCUUCUCCCAUCAGAGGCACCGAAGCCGCUCUCCCUGCUCGAGCGUGUGGACAUUCUCAUCGCUUUGGAGUGGUGAUGCUGGCGGUGAUAACAGCACAGCAUGCCGUGCGCACCCAGCAGGACACGAGCAGAGUCAACCUCAAGGCAUGGGUGGCACCUCUAGUUUCUGCUCAUGACGUGGCAUCCUUCAAAGACCCUCGCCUCGAAGGCCCUGCUGACGUCAUCCUCCGCCUCGCUGAGCUGGCGCUGAGCUGUACGGCCAUGCCGACCGCAUCGCGCCCCGAUAUGAUGCGGAUCAUUGGAGGUCUCAAGGCGAUGCGAGCCGAGCUGACAGGUGGCGAUGUGGACGAGCGAGCGAUUAGGAUUGACUCUGAGCUGGCGAUUGGUGUGGGAGAGACGUUGGAGGAACAGAUUAUGAGGGUGGAGAGCAUGGGGGAUGGUGACAGGGGAGGACUUAAUGAAGACACACCGGAUGUCCCUGUUCUCCUCGACUGUCAGGCGCUGUGGAUUCGCAACUUCACGGGAUGGACCACGGGGGAGGAUUGUGCCACUGCGGAGGGGCUGCAGUGUGACAGUAACGGGAUGAUCGUGAAGAUGUCAAUGGAGAUGUCGUCUCUUGCAGGGGUGCUGCCGUCGUCCAUUGGCAACCUGACUCUGCUGACCCACCUCAACUUCUUUCAGAACAACCUCGACAGCGACAUCCCCACCACCUUUGGCGCUCUCACCAACCUGCAGCACCUCAAUCUGGGCAUCAACAUGCUCACAGGCCCGCUUCCUCUCUUCCUUGACACACUCUCACUCCUCACCUUCUUGAAUUUGGGCGACAACAAGCUCACAGGGACGCUGUCGGCUGGUCUGGGGAACCUCAAGCAGCUGCAGUUCCUAGAUCUGUCCAAGAACAACGUAUCUGCGUCCCUGCCAUCAACACUGGGAUCACUCUCAACCCUCACAUGGCUUGAUCUUCAAUACAAUGCUUUGGAGAACAGCAUCCCCAGUUCCAUCACCAACCUCACCGGCCUCACCUACCUCAACCUUGCAAGCAACAAGCUCAAUGGCUCUGUUCCUGUAUUUGACGGCUUCCCUGCACUCACCUACCUCGGCCUGGGAGGGAACAGCCUGCAAGGCACCUUCCCCGUCACGGGCAACCAGGCUCUUCCCCUCAAGACACUAGACCUCCGAGGCAACAAGCUCGCAGGCAGCAUCCCUCGCUCCAUCUCCUCCCUCUCUGCUCUCGAGCAUCUCCUGCUGUCGGAGAAUCGCUUCAAUGGAUUCAUACCCGACUCCAUCAUGAACCUAGUCAGCCUCGAGUACCUGGGAAUGGGCGUCAAUCGCCUACAGGGGCCAGUCCCGUCCACAAUGGGCAACCUUGUCAAGCUGACGGCGCUCAACAUGUCAGGCAACCGGAUGGCAGGAAUCCUGCCUGCCACACUCGGCUCUCUCACCAAGCUCACCCUGCUGGACUACGACAGAAAUUUUCUGUCCUGCCCGACCGAUGGAAACUGCGUGGUGUCCCAGAAAAGCACCACCGCGUUUUGCAAGAGCUGCCCGACCUUCUGUGCUCCGUGCUAUGGGAAAGGAG